AAAAAAUCAAAGAGCGAUCGAAAACAAAAAUACAUACCUUAAACAGUUUUAGUUCAAUAGAAUUAGAAAUCAGUUCACAUCUAAAUUCUUCUUUGUAAAUACACCAUUAUGGAUUUCUAUUAUAUGCCUCUCUCUGCCCCCUGUCGUGCGGUUAUCAUGACCGCUGAAGCUUUGGGUAUUAAGCUCAAUAAAAAAUUCCUCGACCUUUAUGCUGCAGAACAUUUAAAGCCGGAAUUUCUAAAAAUCAAUCCCCAACACUGUGUACCCACAUUGGUUGAUGGCGAUCUCAAGUUAUGGGAAUCUCGUGCCAUUAUGGUGUAUUUAGUGGAGAAAUAUGGCAAAGAAGAUCAUCCGUUAUACCCUAAAUGCCCUAAGAAGAGAGCCGUAAUCAAUCAACGGCUCUAUUUUGAUAUGGGCACCUUGUUUAAACCCUUUGCUGAUUGGUUCUAUGGACAGGUUUACUACAAAAAGCCGGCUGAUCCUGAGUUGUAUAAGAAAAUAGAAAUGGCAUUGGAUUUCUUGAAUACAUUUUUAAGUGAAACAAGAUAUGUUGCUGGUGACAACAUGACCUUAGCUGAUUUAGCUGUGUUGGCUAGUGUCAGUACGAUGGAUGUGGCCAAUCUGGAUUUCAGCAAAUAUGAACAUGUGACCAGAUGGUAUAAGGGUCUUAAGGAUACGGCACCAGCUGCUGCAGAGAAUUGGGCUGGUUGUUUAGAUUACAAGAAAAUAAUGUGAAUUUUGAUAUUGAAAUUGGUUUGUUAACAAUAUGUGAGUUUUGGUUUAUAAUAAAUUUAAGUAAGAAAUAAUCA